GUGGGUGCUUCUUGCUAAAUAUCCUGUCUGUGUCGAGCUGACAGUCCUGAAGAAACAAACUCUUGGUGUAAUGUAGAAGAGAAGAAGAGGUCAUUUCCACCAUCCAGAACCCCAAGCCAAAGUCCAGCUCAUCGCUCCCAGGUCUCACCAUGUCCAUCGACCCGGCAGCCGAGCUGCCGUUCUACUACGGCAGCAUCAGUCGCUCAGAUGCCGAGCAGCACCUGAAGCUGGCCGGGAUGGCCGAGGGGAUGUUCUUGCUGCGACAGUGUCUCCGCAGUCUUGGAGGCUACGUCCUGUCUAUUGUGUGGAACCUGGAGUUUCACCAUUACCCUGUGGACAAGCAGCUUAAUGGGACUUAUUGCUUCACAGGGGGGAAGCCUCACUGUGGGCCUGCAGAGCUCUGUGAGUUUUACAGCAAAGACCCUGACGGGCUGGUGUGCACCCUGAGGAAACCCUGCCUGCGCUCCCCCGAUACACCGAUACGCCCUGGCGUGUUCGACAGCCUGAGAGAAAACAUGCUGAGGGAGUACGUGAAGCAGACCUGGAACCUGGAGGGAGAAUCGAUGGAGCAGGCCAUCAUCAGUCAAGCUCCUCAGCUGGAGAAACUGAUCGCCACCACAGCCCACGAGAAGAUGCCCUGGUACCACGGUAAAGUCUCCAGGCAGGAAGGUGAGAGGCGGCUUUACUCUGGAGCACAACCGGACGGCAAGUUUCUAGUGAGAGACAGAGAGGAGUCGGGUACGUUUGCUCUUUCCAUGGUGUACGGGAAAACAGUGUACCACUACCAGAUCCUCCAAGACAAAUCAGGGAAGUACUCCAUGCCAGAGGGAACAAAGUUUGACACAAUCUGGCAGCUGGUUGAGUACCUGAAGAUGAAAGCUGAUGGCCUGGUGGCUAAUCUCGGGGAGGCGUGCAUUAACGGAAAAGCUGCUUCAAAGACACCCAGUCUUCCUACAACAAGGCGGCCCGCUACAAAUGGAUACACACCGCCACCUCAAGCCCCGAAGGCGGCCAACACCAUGCCUGCAGACCGCGACGUCCUGCCGAUGGACUGUGGUGGAUUCAACCCGUACCACAACCCGAAUGAAGUGAAGAGGUUUAACAUCAAGAGGAGUCAGCUGCUGAUCGAUGAAGUUGAGCUUGGCUCUGGGAACUUUGGCUGCGUCAAGAAAGGAGUCCUCAAGACUGAUUUGGGCCAGUUGGAUGUGGCCAUUAAAGUGCUGAAGAGUGACAACGAGAAGCUGGUGAGGGAGGAGAUGAUGAGGGAGGCAGAGAUCAUGCACCAGCUGAACAACCCCUUCAUCGUCCGCAUGCUGGGUCUGUGCAACGCUGAGAAUCUGAUGCUGGUCAUGGAGAUGGCCUCCGCUGGACCUCUUAACAAGUUCCUCUCCACCAAUAGGGACACUGUAACCGUGGAGAUCAUUGUCAACCUGAUGCACCAGGUGUCGAUGGGAAUGAAGUAUCUGGAGGAGAAGAACUUUGUGCACAGAGACUUAGCAGCUCGUAACGUCCUGCUGGUCAACCAACAGUUCGCCAAAAUCAGUGACUUUGGGCUUUCCAAGGCCAUCGGAGCAGAUGACAACUAUUACAAGGCUCGUACUGCUGGUAAAUGGCCUCUGAAGUGGUACGCUCCAGAAUGUAUAAAUUUCCACAAAUUCUCCAGUAAAAGUGACGUGUGGAGUUUUGGUAUCACCAUGUGGGAGGCCUUUUCCUACGGAGGGAAACCUUAUAAGAAAAUGAAAGGACCAGAGGUGAUGCGCUUCCUUGACAGUGGGAAACGCAUGGAUUGUCCAACAGCAUGUCCAGAGCGACUGUAUACAGUGAUGAAAGAAUGCUGGAUAUACAAGCAUGAGGAGCGACCUGACUUCAAGAAGGUUGAGGAGUCCAUGAGGUCUUGCCACUAUUCCAUAUCGAACAAGGCCAAGCCUGAGGGAGCUACAGCCACUACCGAGCCUAUCAAGUAGACAGAAACAAGGCACAUUCUGUCCCCGUGCUGCACAAAGCAUCCUUUCAACUGGCCAUUAAACAUCCGAAACAAAGAGCUUUUUAUGAAUGGUGCACACUGACCAGCUUCAGCUACAGUACCGAUAUAGAUAAACAGGCCUCAGUGACAAUAAAUGUGCAUUGUAAAUUGGACUUCAGUAUGUCGUCCAUGUAAGGAGGAUUUGUGUCUCUCUGUCUCUCUGUCAUGAUUUGAAUGUUAAGUAUGACAUCUUUGCAUUGAUGAACAAACUCAUUUUAUAUUCUGGUAUUUUGGAGUAUAGUGGGGUAUAUAAUACAUGUACAAUUGUUUUUUAUGUCAAAUAACGUGAAAGAAACUGCUAGAACUGUACACUUUAAUAUUAUUCUUUUAACAUUCCUGUAAAGUCAGUGAAUAAAGGUCAGAUUUUGGUUUACUUCAACCCAAGGUUUAUCUGUAACAUGCAGGUUUUAAGUGGUUUAUAAUCCCAUAGGCCUACUACAAGCACUAUUUUUAUAUUACUUUUCUAAUAUUUCUUAUUUUACUUAUUUUUAAUUGUGUCUACGAUAUUAUCAUUGACCAUUUGAUUAUUAUUUUUAAUGGCCAACAUGUUUCAACAUAUGGAAAAAACUCAUGGCAGAUUUUGUGUAGCCUUACCUAAAAUACUCUCCCCCAAAAAAAAGGCAUUAGAGAAAAGAUUAGCAGAGUUUGCAGAGUUGUAUGGAGAAAUAUAGCCAUUUCAUGAUGUUUUUGUAUAGUAGCCUACUAAGUAAAUAAAUAAUCAGUAUAAAUAAAAGGAGCAUUAGCAUUAUGUGUGGGAAUGCAUAUUAAUCUUGAAUAAUUUAAGGACUUUAAAGCAGAUAUUUUAUGUAUUUUCCUCUAAAUAUUUAAAACAUGAUGUAUUGUGGUUUAUUAUGACUGUGUUAGCUGUCCCCUGAGCUGCCAGGCAACAACUGAAGGGCACACGACACCGGAAGUUGAUGGAUUAGUCUUCAAAAUAAUGGCGUAGUUUUCACAGAGAACAUCAGGCCUAGACAUUGCAUGUUGCAUUCACGGGCAGUGGUGGAAUGAGAUCCCAGCCCUACAUUUACAAUAAACUUGAGUAAAAAGUAAAAAAAUAUGAGCAAUAAAAUGUUCUCAAAUAGCCUAAUUAAUAUAUAAGUAAGUAAGUCAAAGGUAUUGUGUUAAAACAUCCUAAAUGCCUUUCAUUUUGGGAAAUUAAAUAAUAAAAUGACUAAAAACCCAAAUUAUUUUUUAAAGAAAAGUCUCAAUCAAUGGAUGCCAAUGAUGUUAUACUAUGAAAAAAAACCCACAAAGUUCAGCAGACUGAAUUUAUAAAUUUAUAAAAGUCAAUCAUCAUCCUAUUCAGAUUCAUGUCUGUUAUGCUGUCCUUAUUUCAUUAUG